GCUCAAUCUGUCCACAGCUGCAGCCUUGAAAAGUGGGGCGAUCGCAAGCUUCUUCCAACCUUGGCUUCUGUCCUUUAGGAUACAGGUUCUCCUACUUAGCAGAGCAUCUGCAGUUGCUGCAAUUUUCAUAAGCUUAGCUCUUGAAUACAAGUUCAGGAUGUUCUGGUGUGGCACCAAAGCAAACUGUUGGCAAGCUUCCAAUGCACGUUCAUCAUCGUGAUCAUUGAGGGCGUCCUGAACCCAUUGUGAUGAAAUCACAUCUCUGAGAAGUUCUUCCGUAGGCUGGUGAAGGUGCUCCUGAACUUCACUUCCUUGUGCUACUUGGUUGCUGAUUGGCUGAAAUCAGCUGGCAGUUAUGCAGAAGCGCCUGCGCCGAGAGUCCUCGGAGAUGCUCGAUGCAAUGGAAGAGGGCGCGGCGGAGGCUUCCGCCCCCCUUGUUGACAGCAGUGCGAGUAAAUUGCAAGCAGACGACACAUCAGACGUGCGCAACAUGGCGCUACUGAUUCUCCUCUAUGCAAUGCAGGGGGUGCCCCUCGGUUUGUCGUCUGGCUCUAUUCCCUUUAUCCUUAAGUCCAAAGCUAGCUACACCGAGAUAGGCAUCUUCACACUGGCUGCGUAUCCUUACAGUAUGAAACUGCUGUGGAGUCCAAUUGUUGACACUGUCUUCUUUCCAAGCGUGGGCCUGCGGAAGAGCUGGAUCCUCCCCCUGCAGAUCAUGUCAGGGCUCGUUAUGCUGUUCUGCUCGGGGCAGGCUGAGAUUUGGCUAGAGACCGCCAACAUCCGGGCAAUCACGGCCCUGUUCUUCGUGUGCGUGCUCCUGGCAGCCACUCAAGACAUCGCCGUAGAUGGCUGGGCGCUCACGUUACUGUCCCGCAAGAAUGUUGGACACGCAUCGACAUGCCAGACUGUGGGCAUAAAUACAGGCUACUUCCUGUCCUUCACAAUCUUCUUGGCCCUGAACGACCCGGACUUCUGCAACUCCUACCUUCGAUCGGCGCCCGCUGACAAAGGCGUUCUCUCCCUUGCGAAUUACUUCCGCUUCUGGGGCGCUUUCUACAUCCUCUUCACCGCCGCACUCGUCUUCAAACCCGAAACGCCCAACCCGCUCCCCCGCACGCAAUCCCUCAGCGCAGCCGGCCUCCCCUCCCCCUCCAAAAUGCGGAAACCGUCUCCGUCUCGCGCAAUUGCAAACGUGGUUGGGAUGUAUCGACGGCUCUGGGCCGUUGGCAGCCUAUCGAGCGUCCAGCAGUUGGCCGCGGUGCUGCUGUUGUGCAAACUAGGCGCGGUGACAUCGGAGGCGGUGGGCGUGUUCAAGCUGAUGGAGAAAGGCGUCACGCGGGAAACGAUAUCGCUCAUCGUCUUGAUCGAGUUUCCCCUCGAGCUCUUCUUCGCCGUCUUCGCCGGGCGUUGGGCAACCCGCGGACGCGCUUUUAGCCCCUGGCUUCUGGGCUACGCUCUGCGGCUCACGAUGGCGCUCCUCAGCACGUGCCUCGUCGCGCUGUUUCCAACGGGGGCCACUUUGCAGAGCAACCCGCUUGCGUAUUUCGCGGUCAUCUGUGCGGGUGUCGCGACGUCGUUCGCGUCAACGCUCAUGUUUGUGUCCCAAGGUACCUUCUUUGCACGCAUAAGCGAUUCGUCCAUGGGAGGUACCUACUUGACACUACUCAACACCAUUGCCAACCUGGGGUCUGCGUGGCCCCGCUUCUUCAUCUUCGUGUUGAUUGACUGGUUGACAGUCCAAAGCUGUCGGGGCGCAGAUCCAGCGCGAGCGGCUGAGCUUGGAGUGCCCCUGUCUUGUCCAUCGAAGCCGGAAAGUGGGAUUCAAAAUACUUGCGUCGAAGCAGGGGGCACGUGCGUAAAGUUUGUCGACGGGUUCUACCCGCUCUCGUUAGGGUUGAUAUCGGUGGGGGUUGUAGUCGGGUUAUACUUCCGGAAACGAUUACGAGACUUGGAAGAGGCAAAAGCGGACGUUUGGAGGGUAUCGUGAUUUUUCUCAAUGUUGGUCACAUCGUGUGUUCCUCAAAAGCGGUUGGGACUACAAUCUUAAGCUCGCAACUCAGUAUUGACCGGUUCUGGUCCUCAAGAUGCCCCUUCGAAUCUCCAAAACGUGUGAAACUGCAUCGUGGUCGCAAUCAUGUUACCUGGCAAUGAAGUGC